AUGCUUCGUCGAACAAGUUGUUGUUUUUGCGCCGUGGCGGAGCGAGUGAUUGAGGAGUUCGACGUUGUUGUUGUUGGAGGCGGCCCAGCGGGACUGGCCACAGCCAUUCGACUAAAGCAACUCGGUGGGGUCGCAGGGGAUGAUUUUCGUGUCGCUCUUGUUGAGAAGGGGAGUGAAAUUGGGGCGCAUACGAUUUCUGGUGCCUGCGUAAACAUGCGGUCGCUGGAUGAGCUCAUCCCUGAUUGGGAAGUCGCUACUGAUCUUCCGACGCUGACAACCGUAACGAGCGACAACUUUUAUUAUUUGCGUGACCAGAAACGCAGCUUUAGGUCCCCCAUAAUACCACCCACACUGCAAAACCACAAUGCGCGUAUCAUGUCGCUUGGGUCACUGUGCAGGUGGCUGUCUGAACGAGCAACGGAGUUAGGUGUGGAGGUGUAUUCGGGGUUUGCCGCCGCCCGGCCUGUGCUUAACAGCACUAUGACGGCAGUGGAAGGUGUACAGCUUAACGAUGUCGGAAUCAAUAAGAAGGGUGAGAAAACCGAACGGUACGAUCCUGGCAUGAUUUUUAGGGCCAAGCAAACCGUGUUCGCAGAAGGAUGCCGUGGUUCUUGCACCAAGCAGUUAGAGAAAAUAUUCAACCUCCGUGGGAAGCAGAAUUUCCAAACGUACGGUCUUGGAGUGAAAGAGGUGUGGGAGGUUCCAGAGGGCAACCAUCGCCCUGGUUCUGUUUCGCACACAAUAGGUUGGCCACUCACAGAUAAGGGCCACGACAACACGUACGGUGGGUCCUUUCUCUACCACUACGGCGAUGGUUUGGUCUCCCUUGGGUUUGUUGUAGGCUUGGACUACAAAAAUCCUCACAUUCGUCCCUACAUGGAGUUUCAGAAGUGGAAGACUCACGAGUUGGUAACAUCGCAACUGCGUGGCGGUCGGCCGCUUCAUUACGGUGCUCGAACACUUGUUGAAGGUGGCUUGGUUUCGCUGCCGCAGUUACACUUUCCUGGCGGUGUGCUCGUUGGCGACUGUGCAGGUUUCCUUAACUUACCAAAGAUAAAAGGCACGCACACGGCCAUGAAGUCUGGGAUGUUGGCCGCGGAGGCCGUGUACGCCGACGCUUUUGUGUCUGGCAGGGAGAAAUUAGUGCAUGUCGAUUGCAAAAGUUACCAAGAGAGGUUUAGGGAAAGUUGGUUAUACGAAGAGUUGUAUCAGGUGCGCAACGUGCGGCAGACGUUCGCCCGUCACUUCCUGUUGGGCGUGCUGUAUACAGGCGUAACAACCCUUCUCACACGCGGCGCGGAGCCGUGGACACUGCGACAUCACCAGCCUGACCACAAAAGCCUGAAACCCGCGGCUUCGUGCGUGCAAAUUGAGUACCCCAAGCCUGAUGGCGAGAUUACUUUUGACCUCUUGACAAAUCUCAACUUGAGUGGAACGGACCACAACGCUGACCAACCAGCGCAUCUGCAACUUCAUGAUGCCUCUGUACCAAUUGACGUCAACCUUUCUCUUUAUGAUGGCCCAGAGGGGAAGUACUGCCCCGCCAAAGUGUAUGAAUUUGUGGACGGAAAGCUGGUAAUCAACGCACAGAACUGUUUACACUGCAAAGCGUGUGACAUCAAGGAUCCCACGCAGAAUAUCGACUGGACGGUGCCCGAGGGCGGUGGUGGUCCCAACUAUAACUCACAAAUGUGA